AGAAUCAUUAUUUCGAUACGCAGCGUGUUACAAUACGGAGCGUGACGUCACCGCGCGAUUGUCUGGUCAACAACUCAGCUGUUGUGGGGCGACCGCGGGAAAAUAUUCCACGUAAUACAUCGGCCGGUUCCAGGGAGGGACUCUGGACUUAAGUGGGAUCCUUGUGGCAGUGUGUCGGACAAUAUAACGGAAAUAUAUCCGCAUUUGUUCUCAAAUCAUAAGCCAGGGCACGUUGGGUUGGAAUAGCGGAGGUUUAAAUCUAGGACAUUCUCACGAGAGGAAGGAAAAUGGAGUUGGAUGACGGAGUUGUGUACCAGGACGACCCGGGGACAUCGGCGAUCAUGUCGGAGAGGGUCUCGGGCCUGGCCAACUCCAUCUACCGUGAAUUCGAGAGACUUAUUCGCAAAUACGACGAGGACGUGGUGAAAGAGCUGAUGCCGCUGGUCGUGGCGGUGCUGGAGAACCUCGACACUGUGUUCGCCGAGAACCAGGAGCAUGAAGUGGAGCUGGAGCUCCUGAAGGAGGAUAACGAGCAGCUGAUCACACAGUACGAGCGCGAGAAAGCGCUGAGGAAACACGCAGAGGAGAAGUUCAUUGAAUUUGAAGAUUCCCAGGAGCAAGAGAAGAAAGACUUGCAGAACCAUCUGGAAAGCCUGGGAUCACAUUCCCGUCAGCUGGAGCUGAAGAUCAAGAAUUAUGCUGAUCAGAUAAGUCGAUUAGAGGAGCGAGAGGCUGAACUCAAGCGAGAGUAUAAUUCCCUUCACCUGCGGCACACAGAGAUGAUCCACAACUACAUGGAACAUGUGGAACGGAUCAGGCUGCAGCAGACAGGAGGAGAGACCUCUGACACGGGAACGCUGGGCCGAGUUCGGAAAGAGCGGCCCCUGUCUCUGGGAAUCUUUCCCAUGUCUGGCGGGAGCACUUCACUGACACCUGACGUCCAGGGCAGAGCUGAGACUCCUGGGACGGAGGCCUGGAGGUUCAACAAUCUCAGUCAUCAGUGCUCUAACGCCAGCCUCAAGCAGUUGGAUGCAGAGGACGCUCCAAAGAACAGGGAGGGUAAGGAUGUUCUGGAGGCUUGGGAUUCACUGGCAAACGACUGCAAGGAUGAGCUGUCUGACCUCAGCCAGGGGGGCUCAAAGUCUGUCACUCCCAUGUCCACUACGGCCUCUGACCUGGCCCUGGACUCCCAUCGAGAGGACGGAGAUGGAUUCUGGAAGAACACCGAGGUUCAGGCUGUUCCCGGGACCAGGAGCGUCUCUGCGGGUCUGGCUGAUAAUGAGGAGAAGUCAGAUGUUCAGGCCAUUAUUGAGUCCACCCCGGAGCUGGACAUGGACCUCGGAUAUAAAGGUGCAAGUACCCCGACCCGAGGGAUUGAGAACAUGGCGUUUGACCGCAACACGGACUCUCUCUUUGAAGAAGUGUCGUCAGCAGGCACAGGUUUGAUUGGAGACGUGGAUGAAGGAGCAGAUCUGUUGGUGGAGUACUCCGGAAUGAGUCGUGAGGUGGAGAAUCUUAUUCAGGAAAAUGUUCAAUUGCUUGAGACGAAAAAUGCGUUGAAUGUGGUGAAGAAUGAUCUGAUCGCUCGUGUGGAUGAGCUCUCCUGUGAGAAAGAGGUUCUUCAGGGUGAGCUGGAUGCGGUUUUGCAGGCCAAAACCAAACUAGAGGAGAAAAACAAGGAGUUGGAUGAGGAACUCAAAAAAGUGAAAGCGGAGACAGAGGUGGCUAAACAGAACAAUAAUAAAGAAGAUGAUGAGAGCGAUGUGCCCACAGCUCAGAGGAGAAGGUUCACGCGGGUGGAGAUGGCUCGAGUCCUGAUGGAGCGAAAUCAGUACAAGGAGAGGCUGAUGGAGCUGCAGGAGGCCGUCAGGUGGACAGAAAUGAUCCGAGCUUCAAGGGAGAACUCUGAAGUUGCAGAGAAGAAGAGGUCAAGCAUCAGGCAAUUCUUCAGUCGCCUGUUCAGUUCCUCCAGUUCCUCAGCAUCCAGCAACACAGCGAGAGGUUUACCGUCCAACGUCAAGUACAACCCACCCAGCAUCAUGAAAAAGAGCAACACCUUCUCCCAGUUCCCCAGAGAAAAGUCCAAAGCAUUCGACUUCCUCAAAGAAGAGGUGGACUCGGGUGGUUCUCUGUCCCGACGGGAACAGAAGCGGGCCCAGUACCAGCAUGUGAAAGCCCACAUGCAGAAAGAGGAUGGCAGGGUGACCGCACAUGGCUGGAGUCUCCCAGGCAAAUGCAAGGUUGCCAAUGGUGGCCAUGCAGAGAACAAAAUAAACCUACCUGUUCCUGUGUGUCUCAAGCCACUGGAGCAGAAAGAUGCUUCUAUGAAGCUCCUGUGUGCAGCUGGAGUGAACCUCUCAGGUGGGCGGUCAUGUGAUGGAGGCUCUGGCGUUUCUGGUGAAGAGUCUACGGUGGAGACUGACACCUCCAAACAGAGGAAGGGCUCUCAGAGCAGCCUAGAUCAGCUGGAGCAGGAACCUAAAGAGCAGGAACGGGAGCAGACGGUGCAUGUGGAGAUGUCCAGUCGUGUUUGGAUCUGUACGAGCACUCACUCCUCCACAAAGGUGAUGGUCAUAGAUGUGACAAGGCCCGACGACCUGCUGGACAGCUUCUACGUCUGUAACUCAUGUGUGCUGUGUAUCGCCAGUGUGCCAGGGGUCUUGGAGACAGACUAUCCCGCAGGGGAGGAGAUUCCUCAGGACUUGGAGGCGGGACCAGACAGUUUAUUGGCCAGUAGCAGCUCUCAGGGCAGUGAGGGUGUGUUGAGUGACGUGUCAGCGGUGGGCUGCAGUGUUGAAGAGUCCAGCACAGGAUCUCAGACGGGCAGCACAGGAGUCAACGAACAGUCAGCAGAACAGAGUCCUGCCAGAGGAAGUGAUCUCUCCAGAGCUCCCAGUGAAGACGGGGUCCCUGCAGCAGAGGAGGCUAUGGAGGCCACUGAGGAAGACCAGGAGAGCCCAGGACAGGACACCUGUCAGCCAGGAAUCUACACAGAGCAUGUGUUUACAGACCCACUCGGAACAGAGUCUUCUGGGGCUUCAGCAGGGAAUGAAAACCAAAGGGAGUCUGAUCAGGACAGGGACGAUACGGUCUCAGCAGGUGGCAGGGUGGAUCUGGCAAAAGAAGAGACCCAGCGGAUGAGCAGCGCACUGCCCACCAUGUGGCUGGGGGCUCAGAACGGCUGUUUAUAUGUGCACUCAUCUGUCGCUCGAUGGAGGAAGUGUCUUCAUGCUGUCAAGCUGAAGGAUUCCAUCUUGAACAUUGUACAUGUGAAAGGCCGUGUUUUGGUGGCUCUGGCUGACGGUACACUGGCCAUCUUUCACAGAGGUCUUGACAGCCAGUGGGAUUUAACAAACUACCACCUCUUGGACCUCGGCCGGCCACAUCACUCAAUCCGCUGCAUGACCGUUGUGCAUGAUAAAGUGUGGUGCGGCUACAGGAACAAGAUCUAUGUCAUUCAGCCCAAAGCAAUGAAAAUAGAGAAGUCUUUUGAUGCCCACCCGCGUAAGGAGAGUCAGGUGCGUCAGCUGGCCUGGGUGGGUGAUGGGAUCUGGGUGUCCAUCCGGCUAGACUCCACCCUCCGCCUCUUCCACGCUCACACCUUCCAGCAUCUCCAGGACGUGGACAUUGAGCCUUAUGUCAGCAAAAUGUUAGGAACAGGAAAACUGGGCUUCUCUUUUGUGAGAAUCACCGCUCUGAUGGUUUCCUGUAACCGGCUGUGGGUGGGAACAGGAAAUGGUGUCAUCAUAUCCAUCCCAUUAUCAGAUGCUGUAGGUCAGUGUGGAUAUCUAGGUCAGAGGGCAGCUAAUAAGACGGUGGGUGCGAUCGCCUGUCGUCCAGGUGGAGCGGUGCGAGUGUACGGUGAUGAUACCAUGGAUGGUGCUGUGACUGGCUCAUACGUACCGUACUGCUCCAUGGCACACGCUCAGCUAUGCUUCCAUGGCCACAGAGAUGCUGUUAAAUUCUUUGCUACAGUUCCAGGUCAGGUUAUUGUGCCAGGAGCUGAAGGCACGCCUGAGACCUCAGACUCUUCAGCCCCAGACGGCAAGAGCAUGCUUAUCAUGAGUGGAGGAGAGGGAUACAUCGACUUCAGAAUCGGUGACGAGGAUGGUGGUUUGGGACGAGAUGAAGAUGAAGAAUCAGCUGAACCUACUUUGAAACUGCAGUCGGCUCCUGCCAAACCUGAGCGCAGUUAUGUUAUAGUCUGGCAGGUUGCGCUUGGCAGUGAGUGACUGAUAAAUCACUGCUGCGGGUUAAACGGAGAACUCUAGAUCAAACCCACACAGGCUUAUUAUUUUACAACAUACUUUUCUUCUUAUUAAUACAGAUAUUAUUAUUAAUAGUGUUGUUCUUAAUACCUACAUCACAAUAAGUUCUUUAAUAUUUUUUGCUUAGAUGUUUAUUUAAUUUUAUUGUUUUAUAUAAAUCUGGCAUUGACAGAAAAGAGAUAAGUGUUGAAAUGAAGGAAGGAACAAAACGAUGACUUUAAGUCCGUCCACAACUAUAUCGCAACAAUACAAAAAUCCUGUGCUAAAAAGUCUUAACGGUUUACAACAUAUAACUUUAGGGAACUGUUGUAAUGUUAGCUGCUUGAGAUGAUUUUUGUGAGUGUGUUUUUUUUAGUGUUCUUCACAGAAUUGAUCAGAGGUUUCUCUGUGCACUAUGGCAGUGGUAGCAUUGUGUAGUUCAUGUAUAUAGAAACUCAGAGAGCUAUUUUUGCUAUCUGUCUAGCGUAGAUCUCACGAGCGGUGUGUCUCGGCACCUUACAGCAUGGUGUGCGUGUCUGUAUGUGUGUAUUUCUCGCUUGCAUGAGUCCUGUAUCAUUCCUAUACGGAGCCCUGGAGCUCUAGAAAUUUGGGCUUCCGUCACGCUAGAGCUUGCUGGCACUUUAAAGACAGUACCGAACAUAGACGAACAUAAUCUCUGGAAAGAACAACAUAUGGUAGAGCUGCACAAUUCAAAUUGAAAAUCACGAUUUUUUGUUUCAAAUAGAGAUCACGAUUCUCCCACGAUUCUGAACAGACCUCUAAACAUGUAAUUUACUAGAGAUUCGGACAAAAUGUUAAUUGCUGCAGUUUAUUUAAAAUGUUUAAUUUAAUUUGAAUGAAUUCCAACGUUAUUGGAAGCGCCACGUUACUUUCAAAAGGUGAUUUGCACUACUUUGAUCGCUACCGUAGACAUUAAUGUUUAUAUCCAAACUAUAAACUUUUAUCCCAGUACUUCUGUGAUCAUUUGAUUUAUUGUAAGACAGAAAUAACGAUACUGUUUGGUUAAAAAGACUUUUUGUGAAGCUGUUUCAUACAUAUAUGACAACUGCUCUCUCUGGAUCAGUCGCAGCGCCAACGCAGAUCUGAAUGUUCUGGUGUGAUUUUGUCAAAAGUUUAAUAGACAGGCGAUACGCUGUCAUUUGGUAAUAAAGCUGCAUUUACACUACCAGCGACAAAGUAAUGAUCCCUUUUAUUUCAAUAGGGAGCUGUCGAUUUCUGGUGACACGAGCGACAGUGACCGUUAGCGACAGAAUCGUGUGGGUAUUUGAAUCGAGAUUUCAAUUUUUUUAAUGAUUAAUUAUGCAGCUCUAAUACACAGCAGUGUUUAUUGUAGUUGAGAUGGUCUGCCCUUUUACCAAAGGAUGAAACGUAGAACAAAUAACACAUACUAAACAGCCUAGUUGUCAAAUAUUUUGCAUUGCCAAGGCUUUUUGAUGUUCUGUGACUCUCUUGAAUGGACAAACAACGGACAAAAUAAUGUUAAUAAAAAAUUGACAGGGAUUGUAUAAUAAAUUAUUUGUAUUUCUUGUGUUGGAUUUAGUUUUGUUUGCUUCAGCACUAAGCAUACCAGAUAAUUAAUGUGGGUUUUGUCUGUAUUGUAUGUCCCAGACCUGGGUUCGAGUGUGUUAAGUUUUCUAAUUAUGAGUUUUGCGCUCCUUUUGUAUCUGCUCUGUACGACACUUUUAUUGUACCUUGAUGUCUGUUGAAGCAAAUGCAACAUGAUAUUUGACUUUUUAUGGGGAAAUGGGUCGGUUUUGGGCUUUUUGUUUCUUUUAAAUUCUGACACAUAAAGGGAAUCUUUAUAUCCUUGUCGUCACCAUUCCAAGUAUUUAUUUUUCAUAAUGAACUUUGUGGUUCAGAAUGUAACUUUUUACAUGUUUGUGAACAAGGACGUUAUUGUUUUGCUUUACGUCAGACACCUUUUUGAAGCGAUGUUGUCAUGUUUAAGGAACUGACUAAAAUGUUGACAGUAUUAGACGGCGUAUGACGUAUAACCUCUGUGGAUCGUUCGAAAAUCAACGUUUAUUGUACUGAGCUAUGCAUGUUUUUUUUUUAAUUUUUUUUUUAUAAGUAUACUGCAGUUUGUUCAUGUUUGUUUAACGCCACAUUUUUGGGUGGCUGUGUGUAUAUGUGUGAGCGUGUGUGGAGAUGAUUGAGAAAUACUGCAUUUGUGUGUGUGGAUGAGUGUGUGUAUGUGUAGUCGCUAUAUCCCUUAACUCUUACUGGACUUGCUGUGUGUGCCACAGCUUGUCAUUACUGUGUUUUUCUUGUCAAAAGUUUGCUAAAACUGCAUUAUAGCCUUAUUUUUAAACUCUAUUAAACUCAAUUUCAUGGGGAAUUCA